CAAGUAAUUUCUCAAAAUUUUCCCAACUUAUUUUCCCUUAACCUUUUAAUUUUAGGCGCUCCUUACUCACAUUACUCACUCUUCCCGUUCCUGCUCCAAUCGAAACCCUCGUACCCAAAACCCAAACCCCUCCUUCUAUUUCCCUCCUAUCGCGCCUCUUCUCCCCCCUUUCGAUUUCGCUACACACUUUCUUCCAGAUUUUUUUAGGGUUUAGAUUGUAAACAAAAAAGAUGAGUGGAACAGAGAAAGGUUCGGGAACCACGAAAACGCCAGCUGAUUUUCUCAAAUCCAUUCGUGGUAGGCCAGUUGUUGUUAAGCUCAACUCUGGUGUCGACUAUCGAGGUAUCUUAGCUUGUCUAGAUGGCUAUAUGAAUAUUGCAAUGGAACAAACAGAGGAGUAUGUUAAUGGACAACUCAAGAACAAGUAUGGUGAUGCAUUCAUUCGAGGGAAUAAUGUUUUGUACAUCAGUACCUCAAAGAGGACUCUAGCAGACGGCGCUUAGAAAUACAGGAAUCGAAAUACAUGUUGGUUUGAACUUUGAAAGACUCUUGUAACUUUUUGUAUUAUGCGGGGACUGCCUGGACAUAGUAGCAGCUGUUACCUAUUUGUCUGAAGCCUUUUUCAUUUCAUGUUAUUCAUGGUAAUUGAGUUGCUAUGGUUAUAUAGUAAGGCAACACAGUACAGCCAGUUUGUAAAAUACUUUUUGGUAUCUCUUGGCAGAAUAUUUUAGCUUUGUUUGGAAUUUUAAAAGAGUAAUAUUAAAUGUUAUCACUUCAA